AUGCCCAUUCCAGGUACAACAAACCAUCUACCACCACCCUUCAACUUCCAUGCCCCUUCCAGGAGCAUCACCCCUUCCAUCACUACCCUCCAACAACUAUGCCCCUUCCAGGAACAGCGUACCUUCCAUCACCACCCUCCAACAAUCAUACCCCUUCUAGGAACAACAACCCUUCCAGGAACAGCACCCCUUCCAGGAACAGCACGCCAUCCGGGAACAGCACGCCUUCCAGGAACAGCACGCCUUCCAGGAACAGCACGCCUUCCAGGAACAGCACCCCUUCCAACAACCAUGCCCCUUCCAGGAACAACACCCCUUCCAGGAACAGACACCUUCCAGGAACAGCACCCCCUCCAACAACCAUGCUCCUUCCAGGAACAACACCCCUUCCACCACCACCCUCCGACUUCCACAUUCAUCCCAGAAAAAACCCCUCCUUCCAUCACCCCCACUCCAAUAUCUACGCCUUUUCCAGGAAAAGCAUCCCCCUUCCAUUACCACCCCACAACAACCAUACCAAUUCCAGGGACAACACCCCCUCCACCACUCUCUAGCGUCCACUCCCCCUGCCAGGAGCAACACUCCUCCCUGUUCUUCCUUCCAUCUUCCCUGAACCUUCCAGACCCAUUAUACCCCUAA